AUGACUGCAGCGGGUUUGUGGGGUUUUACCUGAGCAGAGCUGCACUUGUCCACCUGCCCGUCUGCCCGUCUGCCCGUCUGCCCACCGGCUGUGUGUGUCUGCUCGUCUGCUGCUGUUGAUAUCUUCAGAGAUGUUGUGCAGUCGUAGGAAGCGUCUUCAGGUCUCUCGUGUCCUCUUCUUGCUCUCGGGGGUGUGUCUCUGUGCCCUGUACCAGCUGACGGUCAGUGCCAGGCUCCAGGCGGGCGUCACUCUGCCCCAGACCGGCCUGGACUUUGGGCAGGGGUCAGCAGAGGGACCAGAGGAGAACCUGACAGAAGACGGUGUUUCACAUGAGCCUGGACAGACUCCGAGCACAGCAGAGACAGAGACGUCCACAGAGACAUUCACGUCCACACAGACCCCGCCUCCCCCUGCAGCUUCACCUCGUCCCUCUAAUAAAACUCUCAUCCACUGUGUAUAUUUGACCCCCCCGCCUCCUCCUGUGACCCCCACCCCGCUCCCCGCUCCUCCUGAAGCUCCGUCCAGCCCGUCUCCUCCAGGGGGCGCUCCUCACGCUCAGGGGGACUACCCGGAGGACCUGUUCAGUAUCGAGGAGCGUCGGCGGGGCUGGGUGCUCCUCCACAUCCUGGGCAUGAUGUACAUGUUUGUGUCUCUGGCCAUCGUCUGUGACGAGUUCUUCGUUCCUGCUCUGGGGGUGAUCACAGAUAAACUGGCCAUCUCAGAUGAUGUGGCCGGAGCCACGUUCAUGGCGGCCGGAGGGUCGGCUCCGGAGCUCUUCACGUCUCUGAUCGGCGUCUUCAUCGCUCACAGUAACGUGGGCAUCGGAACCAUCGUGGGCUCGGCCGUGUUCAACAUCUUGUUCGUGAUCGGGAUGUGCGCUCUGUUUUCUCGUGAGAUGCUCCACUUGACCUGGUGGCCGCUCUUCAGAGACGUGUCCUUCUACAUCCUGGACCUGAUCCUCCUCAUCCUCUUCUUCCUGGACAACGUGAUCCUGUGGUGGGAGAGUCUGAUGCUGGUGGGCGGCUACUCUCUGUACGUGGUCUUCAUGAAGUACAACGUGCAGAUCGAGAGGUUUGUGAAGGGCCUCCUGCACAGACACAAGAUGAUUGUGAAGGUCAUCGCUUUGGAGGAGCCGGAGAAGGUGAACGGUGACGCUGUGGAGCCGGGACCCACGAUUCUGGAGGACAAGAACCGCCUGAAGUUGAAGCCGUCUCUUCAGCGUGGGGGGAGCUCUGCGUCUUUACACAACAGCACCAUGAGGAACACCAUCUUCCAGCUCAUGAUCCACACACUGGACCCUCUGGGAGACGGUAAAUUUAAGGAUAAAGCAGAAACUCUGAACAGUGUGGCCAGCAAGAAAACAGAAGGAAAAACUCAGGACAAAAGAGACGACGUGGGUCCGAAGCCGGAGCAGAGCAAAGAUCCGGACCCUCCUAAAGCUCCAGACUCCGAGAAGAAGGAGACGGAAGACACGAAGGACGACGUUCCUGCAGACGGCGGCUCCGAAGACUCUGAUGACUCCAGCGACAGUGACGAGAGCGACGACAGUGACGAGAGUGAAGAGAGCGAGGAAGAGGAGGAGGAGGGAGAGGAGGAGGAGCCUCUGUCUUUAGAAUGGCCCGACACCAGAAGGAAACAGGUCACGUACCUGCUCCUCCUGCCCAUCGUGCUCCCGCUGUGGCUCACGGUGCCCGACGUCCGGAACCAGAAAUCCAGAAAGUUCUUUGUGAUGACGUUCCUCGGGUCCAUCAUUUGGAUUGCCAUUUUCUCCUACCUCAUGGUGUGGUGGGCCCAUCAGGUGGGUGAGACGAUCGGAAUCUCAGAGGAGAUCAUGGGGCUCACCAUCCUGGCAGCGGGCACCUCCAUCCCCGACCUCAUCACCAGCGUCAUCGUGGCGAGGAAAGGUCUGGGCGACAUGGCCGUGUCCAGCUCUGUGGGCAGCAACAUCUUCGACAUCACCGUGGGGCUCCCGGUGCCGUGGCUCUUGUACUCGUCCUCUCACGGCUUCGCCCCAGUGGCCGUCAGCAGUAACGGACUCUUCUGCGCCAUCGUGCUCCUCUUCCUCAUGCUGCUCUUCGUCAUCGUCUCCAUCGCCUGCUGCAAGUGGAAGAUGAACAAAUUCCUGGGCUUCACCAUGUUUCUGCUCUACUUCAUCUUCCUGGUGCUCAGCGUCAUGCUGGAGGACCGACUCAUCAUCUGCCCCGUGUCCAUCUGAGACCCCGAGACCCCGAGGCCCAGAGACCCCGAGGACCUGACCACUAUCUGAGGCCCCGAGCAAUCAGGAGAGAGGACCAACUCAUCA